AUCCUCUCGCGAUUACGGGGCGGAUACUUCAAAGCGGUACACCUGCCCACUGUACCGCGCCAAUUGUGAGGCUGUUCUUUCCGGACUAGGCCCGGCUGGCCGCACAAGGCUCUUCCCUCCCGGGCACUCUGCCGGAGCUCUUGCAGGCACCGCCGUCGGACAGAGUGGCUCCGCUGCUGCCGUGCUGUCGUCGUGGUCGCGUGGACGCCGUCGGCAUGCCGCCCCUCAAGCUGGUCGUGUUCGUCGGCAGCUGCCGCACGGGACGCUUCGCAGAGCGUCUCAAGCGCUGCGUCACCUCGCAGCUCGAGAAGAGAGGCCACCACGUCAGCGUCAUCGACCCGGAGGAGGAGCCGAACCUGUUGGCGGUGCGCAAGCCGCUGCACUUCCACGGCCCGGACGAGACGCCGCCCGCGUGGCUUACCCAGCUGCACGAGAAGGUGAAGGACGCGCAGGGCUACGUGGUGCUGUGCCCCGAGUACAACCGGUGCAUCGCACCGGCGCUGGGCAGCGCCAUGGACCACUUCCCACCGGACUCGUACCGGCACAAGCCGUGCGCCAUCGUCGCCUACACCAUCGGUGUCGGAGCAGGCCUGGCUGCCGCCAUGCAGCUUCGCAGCUUCCUCGGCGAGCUGGGCAUGAUCACGGUGCCGUUCAUCAGCCUCAACGCCAAAGUCCAGACGCUGGUCUCCGAAGACGGCAGUGCCUCCGACGACGGCUUUUCCGAGCGCUUGGCCAAGCUCUUCGGCGAGCUCGAGUGGUACGGGGCGGCGCUCAGGAACCACAAGGAGGCCUGCGGUCCGCCCUAAUCGAGCACCAUAUUCCAAGCGAGCGACAGAAGCCCGCUUUAGGCUGUAGAAUUUUGCGCAUGAAAGUACGCCAACAUUUUGCACCCUGUGUUUGCUGACAUAGCCCUUCGAACGCGGACGCCUUCAGAGCGAGGGGCAAAAUGACUUUUCACUUUGUAGGUGACCGGAAAAUAUUGGGAAUAAUAAAAAUGAUUACAAGCACUAUAUUCAACGAAAUUGAUGCAA